UUUUUAAUUAAUAUUUUUUAAAUCGAAUGGCAAAAGCAGCAAAAGACACAAGACCAAUUGCAGAUUAAGCUACUUCAGAGGCAGCAUGUACAUAUGCCGCUCUCAUCUUGUAUGAAGAUAAUCAAGAUGUACAUGAAUCUAUCUAAAUCAGAUUGAUGCUACUAAAUUAGCUAAGAUCGUUAAAGCAGCUAAUUUGAGAGUUGAACCAAUUUGGACAAAGGUUUUUGAAAAGGCAUUAAAAGGGAAAAAAAUUGGAGAUUUAUUACAUGGAAGUAGCGGAAAUGCGGGAAGUGCACCAGUAACAUAAACUACAGCUACACCUGUUGCAGCAGAAGCUAAGAAGUCUGAACCUGUAAAAGAAGUUAAAAAAGUUGAAGAACCAGAAGAAGAUGUUGAUAUGGGUGGCUUAUUUGAUUGAAAUUAAUAAAAAAUCGUAC